UAGCUUGUAUAUCAGUUGGUCUUUAUAGAUGAAAAAUGAUUAGAGCUAUAGCAAUGGCCAUGACUGCAAAUACAAUUUCAUACCCAAGUUUCGGAUUACUCGCAGAGACUAAAUAUAGUCUGAAAACGAGAAAGAGAAAAUCAAAGUUAAUGAAUUCGAUUUCAAAUUCAGAUUUAACUCUAAUGAGUUCUUUCUUGGAUGUUGGGUCGUAUGCAAGGAUGAAAUGUUCAUCUUUCAAGAACCGAAAGCAGAAAAAUAUUAGCAAAUUAAUUGUUAACGAGCUUGGUGGGCAGUAUGAAGAGGUUUUCAACGACGUAAAAUUGGCACUUCGCAAUCGCUUCACAAAAAAGGCAGUUAGAACAGUUCUUUAUCAACUUUAUGAGAUGAAUCCCCCUCAGUAUAUCUGGCUACACAACUUCAUUGCUGAAAAUGAUCCUGAAGAGGGGAAGCUAUUUCUUCGAAAUCUUGCAAAGGAAAAUCAAGAUCUUGCUGAGAGAGUGAUGAUCACGCGACUUCACCUUUAUGGAAAAUGGAUUAAGCAAUGUGAUCAUGGUGAAAUAUACAAGGAAAUAUCUGAUGAAAACCUGGAAUUGAUGAGGGAAAGGCUCUUGGAAACUAUUGUGUGGCCUGCUGAUGACAAAAGUACCUAGUAAAUACUACAUAUCGCCUCGGUUUCUUCUAUAUCAGCUACUCAUGAUCCGAAAAUAGAGUUUGUAUAGGUCUCAAGUUAGAAACUUUCUGUAUGUUUUAUGGUCUUCCAAUAGCUUUAGAUGUAUAUUGAGGAAUUUUAACACUUGAAAAGUUGAUUUGUACAUUGCUAAAAUUAUUGCUUA